GUGUCCUGAGUGGUGUGAUCAGAGACUUCUCCAUUGCGAUGGGCCGCUGCUGACCGACACUCAUGAGCUGUUGGGGCUUGAAAAAUAUCAGACCUACAAGGGAAAAAUUGUGGCGAUUUUUCGGCAGCCGGAGCAACGCAUCUUGAGACGCAACAAGAGUACAUUUGUUGUUGUUGCUCUCCCUGGGAUCCAUGGCUGGGGUCUGGAGCAGCUGGAGGAUGGGGCCAUUGAAGUCCGGAUCGUGGACCAUCACAUCGUAAAGUAUGUGGGCCAACUGGCUGAUCUGCUGAGGCACCGAUGGGGUUUGAUUUUCAGUGACCGGAUGGAUUCCAUCAGUAUCAUCCUGAGCCGUUUGUUCAUCAGCUGGGUCAAGGUCAUCGGCCUGGUUCUGAUGUCGACCAGUGAGCCAUGCGAUGGAAACGAGGUGAAGCCAGGUUCAGUGCGGGAAUUCAACUCCGGCCGGGUUUGUUUCAACCAGAGCCACCGUGCGCGGCAUGAUUCCGGAGUUCGUUUGAGACUUUGCCCGAUCGUUUUCCAUGCCGGGCGGGCUCUGGCAUCGCUUUUGUCCGGAGAUGGUGAGGGGCGUGGACGGCUCGGAGCCGACGCUGUAGAAUUGGUCAUCUCAAGAGGCUUCCUGUCUUCGUGGUAUGAUGAUGUCGAUCUCUUUCGCGCCGAUCCCUCGACCUGGGUUUGUGGCACGAAUAUCACGCCGGGGUGGCUCAUGGAUAUGGACCAGUUCAAGGCCAGGUGGGGCGGCUCGGCCACCCAGCAGCUGGUGGGCAAGUUCAACGCCACGCAGGCCGAUGUCCCGAUGGCACUGGAGCGCUUGAGGGAAGGCUUGGCCUUCGUGGGUUUGCAAGAAGAGUGGUCACUUUCCAUCUGCCUGUUUCACGCGAAAUUCGGAGGACCCUGUCGCAAACUCGAAUUUCUGGACACCAGACCCGGAAAAAACGUUGCCAGCACAUACGACACAACGAUUUUGAAUGGCUGGGUGGAUGAAAUGGAUCGUCCUGUCUAUGCAGAGGCCAUCAACAUGUUCAAAGCGGAUUUGGAGAAAUUUGGCGUUUCACAUGAAAGCUGUACGGCUUGUUAUGAGGAAGCUGGCUUGGAUUUGACAUCUUAG